GAUCUUGAACCAACCUACCACCUUCCAUCAUUUUAUUUAUUUUUUUCUCCUUUUAUUAUUAUUAUUUUAUAUUUUUUUUUGUAUUUUCUUUUCUCCUACCUACCACCCCCACCCCUACCACCCCUCCUUAUUCACACCCACCACCACCACCAUCUAUAUAAACUUCAUUCUCCACCACCUCAUAACUCAGCAAUCUCACCUUCAUUACACACACAUAGAGUGUGAGUCUAGUGUGUGAAGAUAAGAUUGUUCUUCUACUUCUAGCUUUCUUAUUAUUCCUUUUUGUAAUCCUUUUUAUCGUUUGAAUAAUAAACACAAUGGAGAACGGUACACAUGUUAACGGAUCCGCUAACGGGUUUUGCAUCAAGGACCCGUUGAAUUGGGGCGUUGCGGCCGAAGCGUUGACGGGUAGUCAUCUGGAUGAGGUGAAGAAGAUGGUGGGUGAGUUUAGGAAGCCUGUGGUGAAGUUGGGUGGCGAGACUUUGACUGUGUCUCAAGUGGCUGGGAUCGCGGCUGCUGGUGAUGGUAACAUGGUGAAGGUGGAGCUAUCCGAGGCGGCUCGGGCCGGUGUGAAGGCGAGUAGCGAUUGGGUGAUGGAGAGCAUGAACAAAGGGACUGAUAGUUAUGGUGUCACUACUGGAUUUGGUGCUACUUCUCAUAGGAGGACUAAGAAUGGUGGUGCUCUACAAAAGGAGCUCAUUAGAUUCCUGAACGCCGGGAUAUUCGGCAACGGCACAGAAUCUAGCCACACACUACCACAUUCCGCCACAAGAGCCGCCAUGUUGGUCAGAAUCAACACCCUCCUCCAGGGAUAUUCCGGCAUAAGAUUCGAAAUCUUGGAAGCCAUCACUAAAUUCCUCAACAACAACAUCACCCCAUGUUUACCCCUCCGGGGCACGAUCACCGCCUCCGGUGACCUCGUCCCGUUGUCCUACAUCGCGGGUCUCCUCACCGGCCGACCCAACUCAAAGGCAGUUGGCCCGGCCGGUGAAGUUCUCAAUGCGGAAUCCGCAUUCGCCCAAGCUGGCGUAGAAGGCGGAUUCUUCGAGUUACAGCCCAAAGAAGGGCUCGCGCUUGUUAAUGGUACCGCGGUGGGGUCCGGGAUGGCGUCCAUGGUGUUGUUUGAAGCCAAUGUACUUGCAUUGUUGUCGGAAGUGUUGUCCGCGAUUUUCGCGGAAGUUAUGCAAGGGAAGCCCGAGUUUACGGACCACUUGACCCACAAACUUAAGCACCACCCGGGCCAAAUAGAGGCGGCAGCCAUCAUGGAGUACAUUUUGGAUGGAAGUGACUAUGUUAAAGCCGCGCAAAAGGUCCAUGAGAUGGACCCGUUACAAAAACCAAAACAAGACCGUUACGCGCUCCGCACGUCCCCUCAAUGGCUUGGACCACAAAUCGAAGUCAUUCGGUCCGCCACGAAAAUGAUUGAACGAGAGAUCAACUCCGUUAACGACAACCCGCUAAUCGAUGUUUCAAGAAACAAAGCGUUACACGGUGGCAACUUUCAAGGAACCCCAAUUGGUGUGUCAAUGGACAACACACGUUUGGCUAUUGCGGCUAUUGGAAAACUCAUGUUCGCGCAAUUUUCCGAGCUUGUGAAUGAUUUUUAUAACAAUGGGUUGCCUUCGAAUUUGUCGGGUGGGCGUAACCCAAGUUUGGAUUACGGGUUUAAAGGUGGGGAGAUCGCGAUGGCUUCUUACUGUUCGGAGCUUCAGUUUCUAGCAAAUCCGGUUACAAACCAUGUUCAAAGCGCGGAGCAACAUAACCAAGAUGUUAACUCUCUAGGGUUGAUUUCCGCAAGGAAAACCGCGGAAGCGGUUGAUAUUUUAAAGCUCAUGUCAUCGACUUACUUAGUCGCGUUAUGCCAAUCGAUUGACUUGAGGCAUUUGGAAGAGAACAUGAAGUCAACCGUGAAGAACACCGUGAGCCAAGUAGCGAAAAAGGUCCUAACCAUGGGCGUAAACGGCGAGCUCCACCCAUCAAGAUUUUGUGAAAAGGACUUGCUUCGUGUGGUUGACCGCGAGUACGUUUUCGCCUACGCUGACGACCCUUGCCUCACCACCUACCCAUUGAUGCAAAAGCUUCGACAAGUCCUCGUUGACCACGCGCUAAACAAUGGCGAAACCGAGAAGAACGCCAACACCUCAAUCUUCCAAAAGAUUGCUACUUUCGAAGACGAGUUGAAGGCCAUUUUGCCUAAGGAAGUUGAGAGUGUUAGAGUUGCAUUCGAAAAUGGUACAAUGUCGAUUCCCAACAGGAUCAAGGCUUGUCGAUCAUACCCGUUGUAUCGGUUUGUGAGGGAGGAGCUUGGUGGCGCGUACUUGACCGGCGAGAAGGUGACUUCGCCGGGCGAGGAGUUCGACAAGGUGUUCACGGCCAUGUCAAAGGGACUAAUUAUCGAUCCAUUGUUGGAGUGUGUUGAAGGGUGGAAUGGUGCACCACUUCCUAUUUGUUAGGUGUGAAUUGUGUAACUUGUUUAAUUUGUAUUUUCUAAUAUAUUUUUGUUUGUUUUAUUUAUUAGUGUUCAAAUGUUGUAUCCCUCUUGUUAAGUUGUUAUGUGCUCGAGAGUAUGUGGUUGUACAUCAUAUAUGUUAAAUUAAAACAUGUUUCUUUCUCGUUGGUC